AUGGCCGCUGCCUGCGCGCUUCGGAUCUUGUACCGGACAAGACCAGCGUUGCGCUGUGUGCCAACGGAGCUGCAAUGGAUUCCACGGCGUGCUUAUCGGCUUACGCCGACGGACGACGAGCUGUACCAGCGGACGAGCAUCUCACUGCUGCAACGCGAGUCACCGCACAGCAUGUAUAUCGACAGCUACAGCAGCCGGGGCUUCACCGUUAACGGAUACCGCGUGCAUGGCCCCUGCGCGCUGCUCCCGCAGUCCGUGGUGCAAUGGAACGUGGGAUCCCACCUGGAUAUCACAGAAGAGAGCUUCGCCCUCUUCUGGAUGCUGGCGCCCCCAAUAGAGAUUAUUGUGGUUGGCACAGGAGACCGGAUGGAGAGGCUGCAGCCCAAAGUGCUUCGAGCCAUGAGGGAGCGCGGCAUUGCAGUGGAAGUGCAGGACACGCCUAAUGCUUGUGCCACCUUCAACUUCCUGUGUCAUGAAGGCCGGAUAACAGGAGCUGCUCUUAUCCCCCCACCUGGAGGGGCUACUCUCAUGUCUCUGGCCCAGUCUACAGAAUGA